CCUGCAUCAAGUCGCAUCGAGAACGGCUUUGAUUUUUUCUCUUUAUUUAUUACCUAUGUUUUUUUUGCUUCUAUCUUGCGCGACUCUCGCGAUUGCGUGAUUAGUUUUUUUAUUUUGAUUUUUCUCUUCCCCCUUUUCUCGCUACGUUCAUUUCAGAAACGAAUUACGGUAAAAAAUGAAAAAUUCGAUUGGUCCAAUGAGAUCGAUUGAUUAAUUUUUGUCGAGCUCGCGAGCAAUUACGCGUCACGGCGCAAUAAUCCAUGCACAUCGGUUUAUUAUUUUCCUUCUCUCGCAAAUUAUCCACGUGCUAUUUAUACUGAAAUCAACCAUGCGAAAUCGCGCUGGCCUUUAUCGGAAGCUACUUUGUCGUCGAUAACAAUUUUCGCCCUCAAUUAUUCAAAUUCACAUUCGUUGUUAUUAUUUUCCUUCUCGAUAUAUCCUCGCUCGUUUUUUCGUUGUCUCGAUGUGCCGCUGCGCCGCAGCAGCUCGCGUUAUUUCGACACCCGUAGCGUCGGCCGAAUUAAUCAUUAUCGACGAUCGUCGUCGCAAUUAUGACUUCGAUUACGAUCGGCGAGUUAUCGCGUCGAGCCAACGUCGUCGGGCAUCGUAGCAAAUAUCGCUGAGACAAUCGAGAAAAAGAGAUGAAGCUGGUGGCUUACAAAAAAUACGCCAUCUACGGUGUCGCCCUGUUCGCUUUCUCGCUCACUUGGCUGCUCGUCGUGAUGCCGAUCUCGAUUAGGAAAAUUUUGAGACACGAAGUCGCGUUGAAGAAGGGCUGGCCCAUGCGCGGCAUGUGGGAGAAGUAUCCGUUCCCGCUGCUGUUUCACAUCUACGUGUUCAACGUGACGAAUCCGGCCUCGGUCAGUCGGGGCGAGAAGCCCGCCCUGCAGCAGAUCGGGCCCUUCGUUUACGACGAAUGGAUCGAGAAGACGAGCGUGCAGGACCACGAGGAGGACGACAGCGUGUCGUACCUGUCCAAGCGCACCUAUCGCUUCAACGCGGCGCGCAGCAAGAACUACACCGGCGACGAGGAGGUCGUCAUUCCGCAUCUCUUCGCCGUCGGCCUGAUCAACGGCGUGCUGCGCAUGAAGCCCGACUCCAUCUUCCUCGUGGCUCCGGCGCUCGACAGCAUCCUGCGCAAGCCCGAGUCGGCGUUCGCCCGGGUCAAAGUGCGCGACCUGCUGUUCGACGGCCUGCUGAUCGACUGCAACGUCGAGGACUUCGCCGGCGCCAUAGCCUGCAAGGAGAUCGCCGACAGGUACGAGCAUCUCCGGCUCAAGCUCGUCGGCAAGAAGUUGUACGCGCUGUCGUUCCUCGGCACGGACAACGGAACGGCGACCCAGGCACGGGUGCGCGUCAAGCGCGGUAUACGCGACUUGCAGGACCUGACCAAGAUCGUCUCGUACGACAACAGGACCAAGCUCACCAUCUGGGACGACGAGGGCUGCGAUCGACUACACGGCACGGACGGCUCGCUCUUUCAUCCGUUCCUGGAUCGGGGUGGCCGCGAGCAGCUCACCACCUACACGCCCCAGUUCUGUCGCAGCCUCGUGGCGAGCUUCGUGGCCAAGGUGGGCCUCGGGGCCUUCUGUGUCCAGCUGCUGCGCUACACCACCGACCUGGGCGUCGACGGCCUCGGCCAGGCCGAGCACAAGUGCUACUGUCCGGGCGGCAGGACGGCCUGUCCGCGUCGCGGCGUCUUCGAUCUGUUCAAGUGUCAGGGUCAGCCGCUCGUAGUCAGCAAUCCGCACUUCUAUCUGGCCGAUCCGGCCUUUCUCGGUGCCAUCGGCUCGGGUUUGGAGCCCGACAAGGCCAAGCACGCGAUCGAGAUCGACGUGGAUCCGCUGAUCGGGACGCCGGUGCGCGCCAGGUUGCGCUUUCAGCUCAACAUACAGCUGCAGCCGGUGCAGGAGGUGCCGCUGGUGCGGGGAUUCCCCGAGGUGUUGCUGCCCCUGGUCUGGGUCGACGAGACCCUGGACCUGCCGAGGAAGUUCGUCGUCAUGAUCGUGGCUGCACACGCCAUCAUCGGCCUGUCCAAGCUAAUUCUGAUGUGCACGACCAUAGCCGGCCUCGGCAUGUGCUGCUACGCCGGCCUCCUGCUCUACAACGAGAAAAGAUCCUCGUCGUCGUUGUACCCCAACAACGGAGAGCUCGGCAGCACCGCCGCUACGGGCAACAACAACGGCAGCGGAUCGGUGUCGCCGAUGUCGGGCGAGGAACAGAGGUCCGCCUUCGACAUAAUAAAGACGAAAAUUUUUCCCAAUCGCUAG